AUGCAAGUUUUUGACAAGAAAGAAGCUCUUAUGGCAUCGAAUACGGACAACGAUAAAAGUGACAUUUAUAUAGAUUCGGAUAUACUGCCAUUUCAUGGAUGGUGGUCGAGCGGCCUAAAAUCAGAGGAGAAUUCAGAACAGUCCAGCAAGGACGUGCAAGUUGUGUAUUUGCCUGCACUGGUGCCACGAGAAGCACAGUCCGAAGGGUAUUCAGCAAAAGAUGAUAUUCCAUUACCAUACAGCUUCGACGCUUUCGGGAGAAACUUCGACCUCCAGCUGCUACCGAAUAGAAGACUCGUGUCACCUCAUUUCAAAGUAUGGUCAGAAGAUGGACCGGAUGAUCCACUAUCUAGUGUGGAUUCCUCUUGUCAUUUCUUGCAUACUGGCCCUGGCGCAGUCGCCGCUUUCUCCGCUUGUAGAGACCACACACUACAUGGUUUGAUAAUGACUGAAAACUCAACUUACGAAGUUCGCCCGCUUACUUCACGAGUGGGACGCGCUAAGUCGACAGGCAGGCAAGAACGGACGCCGCAUGUCAUUCGUCGAGCUCCUCCGCCCCCCUCCACCAUGGACGACGACCGGCCGCUGCGGCACACUGCCCGCAGACCGCGCAUUCUUCCAAAGAAACCUCCCCCUUCCUCCUACACCAUCGAGAUAGCCCUGUUCCUAGAUCAGGCUGCUUACAAACUCUUCUAUCCUCACCUCAACUACAAUGAAGCUGACUUGCGGGAUAUGUUGCUCGCUUAUAUCAAUGGCGUGCAAGCGCUGUACCACCACACGUCUCUGGGCACGCACGUGCAGCUGUCGCUGGUGCGGCUCACGCUGCUGCGCGCGCAGCCCGCCAAGCUGUCCACGCACGCCGAGCGCGGUCGCCUACUCGACUCUUUUUGUGACUACCAGCGUUCCCUCAACGUUGACGAUGACGAUGAUCCCGACCACUGGGAUAUGGCUCUAUUGCUCUCAGGACUGGACUUCUACUCGGAGGAGGGUGGGCAUCGUAACGGUGUGACGAUGGGUCUGGCGCCGGUCGGAGGCGUUUGCCUGCCCGCGCAUGCGUGCGUUGUAGCGGAGUUCGGAACAGCGGACACGUUCGGCCGCCCUUAUCCUUCAGCUGGCUUCACGUCCGUCUAUAUUCUUGCGCACGAGAUCGGACACAACUUAGGCAUGCACCACGACGGAACAGGAAACUCCUGCGCUCGCGACGGCUACAUCAUGUCGCCUUCUCGUGGAACUAACGGCGAAGCGACGUGGUCGCAAUGCAGUGCACGAGUCAUCGCUGACCUGCAGUGGGCUACUUGUCUUUUUGAUGGAGAAGAUGACCUAGACGUCCCACAGCAACUUCAACAUGAAAAGUUUGGUGACGCUCCUGGCGUUAUAUGGGGAGCAAAGAAACAAUGCGAGGUACUGCUCCGCGACAAGGAUGCGGCGGCGGCAGAUGUGCCGGGAGGGGAGGGCGGCGACGCUGCGCGUUGCGCACAACUGGCGUGCCGCACACCGCACCGUGCCGGGUUUUACUACGCCGGACCCGCCUUACCCGGCACGGCUUGCGGACAAGGAAGGUGGUGUCAAGGCGGAGAGUGUGUACCGGCGGACACGCAAGUGUCGCUCACAGCGUCCACGACCGCGCCUGGCGCCGCGUGGAGCGCGUGGCGCGCCGGCGUGUGCCGCUCCGGCUGUACGCUGCGUGGUCGUGGCGCCAGCGAGCGCAGGCGCACCUGCGCCGAGGGCGCUGUCUGUGAGGGCUCCUCGUACGACGUAGGGCUCUGUGACGAUUCGAAGGUUUGCGGCAAGAAGACGCGCGUAUCGGCGAGCGAGCUGGCGGCGCGGCGCUGCAGCGAGUACGCGGCGCGGCUGCCGGUGCUCGACCCGCGCGGCGGCGGGCUGCAAGCUCCGCACGACCCUACUCGUAUGUGGAUGGGUUGCGCGAUAUUCUGUCGACGCGCAUCAGGCGGCGGGUUCUACGCGCCUCGGGUGGAACUUAACGACGCGGGCUUGGAUCCGUACUUCCCCGACGGCACUUGGUGUCAUCAUGACGGCUCCCACCACUACUACUGUCUGCAGCAUCACUGUUUGCCGGAAAAUUUCAAGAUGACAACCCAAUUUCACAUAUGGGAGCUACCAAGUGAAGACAUCAGUGGUCCCUUUAACGCCAGAGCGCGAGCGGCGCCCGAGGAUGCGGCCGCAGCUCUUCGGGCUUACCUGUCGCUGGACGCAGCCGGGUCGCCCCUGGCGCGGGCCGCUAUACCCCCGCACAUACCCGAAGAACUCGAAGAAGAUUGGGAAGUCCUAGAUUACGUCGAAAUACCCUCUAGAAAUAAAACGGACCAUCUCAGUAAUUAG